AUGAGUCUUGCGUCAUUAAAAGACGAAAUUGAACGUAAACGCAAGAAUGUUGAAUCUAUGAAUGUUUUAACAGCGGAAAAGAAAUGUUUUCGUCGCGGCGAUCUAGAAGCAAAACAAGAAGAAGAAUAUUGGAGAAAAUAUUAUCUAAAAUCUGGUAACAAUCCGAAUAAAGCAUCUUCAGCGGAUGAUGCACACGAAAAAGCAGCUAUUCCGAAUGAAAAAUUGCAAUUACCACCGAGAUCUGAUGUUAUUAAAAAAUUACGCGAACGUAAUCAACCGAUUCGUCUAUUCGGAGAAUCCGAUAUUGAUUCACAUCGAAGAUUAAGAUUAUUAGAAACGUCUGAACCUGAACUUAGAGGACAACGAAAUGAUUUUAAAGCUGCUAUGGAUAAAAUUGAUCGUGACUAUUUAUCGGUUAUACUUCAUGCCGAUAAUCCAUCAUCAAUGCAAGGGAAUUCAGAUGGAAAAGACGACGACGACGACGAUGGAGAAGUUGGACCACCCAUACCAAAUCAAACAGAAGAAGUUAAAGAAGAUACUGGAUAUGAUCUACCUGAUAUAAUUGAACAAAUAAAAACGACACGAAAAGGUAAUCGAGCAUACGAUUGUCAAGUCGUAUUAAAUUACUUCAAAUUUAUACUUAAAAAAUGGUCACAAGAAUUAAAUACACGGGAUAUAGACGAAAAAAAAUCUGUACAAGGCAAAAUUGAAACAGCAUUACACACACAAACGUGCGCUUAUAUGAAACCAUUAUUUCGGAAAUUAAAAACUAAUACAUUACAAGAUGAUAUACUGGAAUCAUUAAUUAAUGUUGUUAAUUGUGUUUUAAAGAAAAAUUAUAUUCGAGCAAAUGAAUUCUUUCUUGAAAUGGCUAUUGGCAAUGCACCAUGGCCUCUAGGUGCUACUAUGGUCGGUAUCCACCCUCGUCCAGGUCGUGAAAAAAUCGCCUCGAAACAUGUUGCUCAUGUACUUAAUGAUGAAACACAACGUAAAUAUAUUCAAGCAGUUAAACGACUGGUCAGUCGUGCACAAAGAUUGUUUCCAAAUGAUCCAUCACGUUGUGUUGACUAUGGACAGCGUAAUGACAACGUUACGAUUAUUCCAAGCGCACAUCAUUAA